AUGGCGCGGCACUCGAGCGGAGCGCUUGGACUGCUGUUCGGCGGCGGGGGGGCUUAAAUGACCAAAAGGCAGCGCAGGAACUAGUACACCCAAAGAGAGAAACCCAAGAAAACCCGGACUCGGAAGAAAAUAAUCCCUUUUGCACAGUAUCGUUAGAGUUGAAUAAACAAAGGGACAGCCUAGAUGUGUGGACAGAGAGUGGGCAAUUAGUGAAGGAGGCUGCUGCAGAAAAGGAAAAAAAACAAAAACAACAACAACAACAACAAAAAGGAAAUUGAACUUUACUUGACGUGGGGACUUCUCGACAUCAGCAAACUGCGGUAGGUCAGAUAGAUGGUUUGGUCCACAGCGCUGUCCGGAUCAUGAAUGCCCAGCUGUCGAUGGAGAAUAUUGGCGACCUACACGGAGUGAGCCAUGAGUCUGUGGCUGGUCACGGAGAGCUACUGAGCAGCCACAGUCCUCAUUCGCGUCCGGGCCCCCGGGGUCUGAGCCACCGUGCUAUGGGUAUGGCGACCCUACUAGACAGCGGAGACUAUCAUCCCAGCCAUCCGGGACACCUGCACCCAGCGAUCAGCAUGUGCGAAGCCCCCAGCAUGAGUGCGAGCAGCACUUACACCACCCUCACUCCCCUGCCCCUUACCUCCAUCUCCACCGUGUCCGACAAGUUCCCUCCCCACCACCACCACCAUCACCACCAUCCUCAUCAUCCUCACCCGCAUCCGCACCAGAGGAUCCGGAAUGUCAGUGGAAGCUUUACGCUGAUGCGAGAGGACCGGGGUCUGGCCCCCAUGAACACUCUGUACCCCCCAUAUCAUCACAAAGAUCCAUGCAUGGGCCAGAGCCUCUCUCCGCUGUCCGGCUCCGGCCUGGCCAGCAUACACACCUCCCAGGCCGGCAUCCCGCCGUACGCUCAUCCCGGCGCCGCCAUGCCCGGGGAGAAGAUGCUCACCCCGAGCGGGUUCGAAGCACAUCACCCGGCCAUGCUCGGCAGACACACGGAGCAGCACAUGAGCUCGUCGGCGGGCAUCGUCCAGAUCAACGGCCUCCACCACCACCCGCACGCCCACCUCGGCGCGCAAGGGCACGGCCAGGGGCUCGGGAGCAGCCGAGAGCAGGCCUCCGGGCCCGGGCAGCAUGCGGGAGGAGGGGGUGUUGCUGGAGCGCAGAUGGAGGAGGUGAAUACCAAAGAGGUGGCGCAGAGGAUCACAACGGAGCUGAAGCGCUACAGCAUCCCUCAGGCCAUCUUCGCCCAGCGCGUGCUGUGUCGCUCCCAAGGCACGCUGUCCGACCUGCUGAGGAACCCCAAACCCUGGUCCAAGCUCAAGUCCGGCCGAGAGACCUUCCGGCGCAUGUGGAUGCUGCAGGAGCCUGAGUUUCAACGCAUGAGCGCACUCAGGCUCGCAGCGUGCAAGCGUAAAGAACAGGACCAUGGGAGGAGCGAGAGAGGCAGCGUCUCCAAGAAGCCUCGGCUGGUGUUUACGGACGUGCAGCGGCGGACACUUCACGCCAUUUUCAAGGAGAACAAGCGUCCUUCCAAAGAGCUGCAGAUCACCAUCGCCCAGCAGCUAGGCCUGGAGCUGGCCACCGUCAGCAACUUCUUCAUGAACGCGCGCCGCCGGAGCCUCGACAAGUGGCUGGACGACGGCUCCAGCCACCCGGCCAACUCUGGCCCCAACGCCUGCACCAAAGCCUGAAGACAAACUGACUGACUAGCUCAUGGACUGACUCAACCUCGGUGGAAAAGCUUUAAAACUUAGAGAAACAAAGAGAAUCUUAAGAGACUUUGAAGCAACGUUUUGCCCUUAAAACCUGUACAAUACUGAUAUUUAUAGUAUCCAAAGAUGAAAAACAAAACCAAAGACUUCUUUGACCUGCUUUAAAUGUUUGUUCAAGCAACAUAUUUGUGUUUAACAUACUGCAAA